AUGGUGGUUUUAGCAGCUUCAAUUAUCACUCGUAGUGGUAAAGCUAUCCUUUCAAGACAAUUCAGAGACCUAACCAAAAAUAGAGUUACAGAAUUACUUGCAAAUUUCCCAAGUUUAUUAUCAGAUAAUAAUACACAACAUACAACUGUUGAAGAUGAACAUGUUAGAUAUGUUUAUCAACCAUUAGAUGAAUUAUACAUCAUUUUGAUUACAAACCGUCAAUCAAAUAUAUUACAAGAUAUUGAUACUUUGAAUACAUUUGCUGAAACCAUUAAUUCAUUAUUAAGAGUUGUUAAUGAACAAGAAAUUUUUGAAAAUGCUUUUGAAAUUUUAAGUGCAUUUGAUGAAAUUAUUACAUUAGGUUAUAAAGAAAAUGUAUCUUUAUUACAAAUUAAAACAUUUUUAGAAAUGGAUUCUCAUGAAGAAAAAAUUCAAGAAAUUAUUGAACGUAAUAAAGAAUUAGAAGCUACUGAAGAAAGAAAACGUCGUGCUAUAGAAAUUAAACAAAAAGAAUUAAACCGUCUUAAUAAUAUAGGUUCUGUAUCAGGAUUUGGUGGUAAUUCACCAUAUGGUGCUGGUCCAUCAAGUCCUUCUUUUGGAAAUUAUCCUAGUCAAACUCAAACUCAACCACAACAAAGUUAUGCACCAACUCCUGUUGAACCAACAAUUUCUAAAGCAAGAACUGCACCAAAAGGUCGUGGUUUACAAUUAGGUAAAAAACCAAAAUCUACAACAAAUUCAAAUCAAGAUCAAAGUUCAGAACCAUUAAUUGCCACACCAGAACCAAGAAUUGUUUCAUCAACAACUCCUUCAUAUCAUGAUUCUCCAAGACAAGUUCAAAGUCCAAUUCCACAAGAACAAGAUGAUAGACCUGAAAAUAAUGGUAUUUUAAUUACAUUAGAAGAAAAAAUUACAGCAGAAAUAACACGUGAAGGUUCUAUUCAAUCAAGUGAAUUAAAAGGUGUUUUACAAUUACGUAUUAAUGAUUCAGAAUUAGCUCAUUCUAAAAUUUUAUUACAAGCUGAUGGUGCUUCAGAUGGUGUUCAAUAUAAAACUCAUCCAAAUGUUGAUAGAGCAUUAUUUGCUAAGGAAUCAAUUAUAGGAUUAAAAGAUCCAGCAAAACCAUUCCCAUCAAAUGAUCAAAACUUGGGUGUCUUAAGAUGGAGAGGUGUUGGUAAAUCUGAUGAAAAUAAAUUUAUUCCAAUUCAAUUUUCUACAUGGGUUAGUGAAAAUGGUUCAUUAUUAGAUGUUACUUUAGAAUUUGAAGUUACAGAAACUUAUAAUGAAGAAGUUAAUAAAAUUACUAUAUUAGUACCAGUUGCUACAGAAAAUGUUGAAUUAAAAUCUGAUAAUGCUUCAAUUAUUGAAAUUUCUGAAGAAGGUAUAUUUUUUGAAAUUGAAAAAUUAUCACCUGGUGAAAAUGGAGUUCUAGAAUUUUCAAUUGAAGCAAAUGAAGAUAUUUUAUUCCCAAUUGAAGUUAGUUUUGUUAAUGAAAAUCCUGUUAAUUCAUUAGGUAAAGUUAAAGUUCUUGAUGUUGUUAAAGUUGAAGAUGAUGAAUCUUUAUCAUUUGAUCAAUUAUCUGAAUUAUCAACUGAAGGUUAUUUCAUAGUUUAG